AGCGAGAGAGCGAAAAAAAGCUGCCAAACACAGAAGCGAAGCAAGAUUUGGUUCCCGCCGCAGAGAGCGCCUGGGGUGGUACUAUUUAGUAGCUCGGAGCUGUCCAGGAAAGAACAGACAACACACAACAGGUGCAAAGUCAGGAAGGUGCCGGCCAUCCGCCUCGACUAGGCUUAGAAGACGAGACCAAAAAAAAUAAUAAUAAUACGACGGGUGCAUGGGCUAAGAAGAGAAGAAUGCAGCAGGAUGUGGCAGGAAGGAGGAGAAACUAUCCUUUCCAGGGUGAACCCGAGGCACGUGUGACGUCAUACAAGCGCUUUCGAACGUGGCUCAUCCGCAAGCGCAGUCGCGAGAGUCCCGCUGCGAGUACGCCCUUGGCCACUGGGCAGCGCUGUCGACCCACUUUUAAGUUAGAUGGAGUCUGUCAGAGGCUGGAGCUGGAUUCUCCCUCUAGGCAUCAGGAAACUGCCCAGAGAGCACAAGAGUCCAGGCUGAUUGUGUGUGACACCAACGCAACACCGAAGACGCAAUGCAUCAUCAUCGCAAACCCCAGAAGAUGUUCGGGCAUGUUCAAUGCGCCAAAACAGGAAUGGAUUUGGACUGCACAUGAAAGUGGAGAUGCACAAUCAACUGAAAAAGUCGAAAGUGAUCCCAAGCCAUUUUCGGUCCUGAAUGUAUCUUCAGCGAGUCCGCGAGGAGAGUCAGCACUCAAGUUGGCUGCACCAUCGCUGGUAAACGACUACUACACGCAUCUUCUAGACUGCAGCUGUACCGGCAUCCUCGCAUUAGCUCUGGACUCUUCUGUUUACAUUUGGAAUUCAGAAACCUGCUCUCUGCUCGGACGACUGGACCCGUGUCCCGAACAGGGUCGAGAGCGCCGCCAAACUGUCUCGUGCAUACGCUGGAGUGCGGACGGCGGCGUUCUCAGUAUCGGAACCGGACGAGGAGAGGUGCAGUUGUGGGACAUUGAACAGAGGAAGAAUGUGAGGUCACUGCUUUCACACCUAUCCGUGGUUCGAGGUCUUUCCUGGAAACAGCAACUUCUCAGCAGUGGCUCUACUCUAGGACACAUACAUCACAAUGACUUGCGGGCUCCAGCUCCCGUAGGGCGCACGGCCGUCCAACAAGAGGGCCUGUGCAGCCUUCAGUGGUCCCCCGGAGGUGAGUGGCUGGCCAGCGGCUACGCGGACGGCCUUCUCCAUAUUUGGGACCAUGACGUCACAGGGUCACGUCGGCCGCUAACCACAAUGAAGCAGCCUAGCGCUGUCAAGGCGAUGGGAUGGUGUCCUUGGAAGAGAAAUGUGAUGGCAACGGGUGGAGGGUGGGAAGACGGAAAGCUUCGAAUUUGGGACACACAGUUGGCCGGUUGCGUCGGUUCUGUUGACACCAAUUCACAGAUCUGCUCACUUAACUGGGUGGAGGCCACCAGAAUCCUGGUGACCGGGCAUGGGCGCCCCCAUAACAGCGCCAUCUGUUGGGAUUGGAAUUUCCCCUCACUCAGGCCUCUUUUGCACCUUUCAGGUCAUUCAGGUCGUAUUCUGCACGUGUCCUUAAACAACGUCGGGAGCCAGCUCUUCACUGCAGGCGCCGAUCAGUGUCUUCACAUGUGGAACAUGCCAUUUCCCACAUCUCAGCGUUGUACGCUUAAAACAUGCGGUCAACACAUCACCAUUGCUGCAACGUGACAAAUGCACAGUUCUCGUUCACACUUGCAGUCCACUGACAACACCAACUUUGUGACAAAAAUUCACAGACUUCUAGCCCCUGAAAACCAAUUUUACUAUUAAAAAAUAAUAGAACUAUUUGGUUCCCAUAAAAAAAAAAACUUUUUUGAUAUUCAUUUUGUGAUAUGUUAGUGUCGUGUUACCCGAUUAACGGCUUACCACUGAAUGGGAGUUUAAAGGUUUCCUCUUCUUUGAAUUUACCGACCUCAAGCGGAAGCUGUGUCUCACUCGUGGGUGAGAAAACCACAAGAAAAACGCUGUCACGAAGUCUUCCUUUGAAAAAUAGGACAGCGUUAAUUUAAAAAAAAACACACACACACA